AAAUGCCGUACGACUUCUACACCGACGGUUCCGCUCUCGGAAACGGCCAACAAGGCUCCAGAGGAGGCUAUGGAGUUCACGUUCCAAGUGAUACAUCGAAGAAUGUGAGUGGCUCUUAUCCACACGGACCACAAACCAACAAUCGAUAUGAGCUGGAAGCCAUCAAGCACGCCACCCAAAUGGCUCGUGAUGUUCCAGACAGCCACGUGAGAAUCCACACUGAUUCCAAGAACGCGAAGGAUUCUGUCACCAAAUGGAAUGACAACUGGAAGUCGAAUGGCUACAAAACUUCUUCGGGACAAGAUGUGAAGAAUCAGGAUCUCAUCAGAGAUAUCGACCGCAAUGUUCAAGCGCUCAAGCAUAGUGGAAAGACUGUCGAGUUCGAGCAUGUCCGCGGACAUAGCAAUAGAAUGUACAUUUGAGUACCCAAGCCCUCUAUUUUUCCCGCAUCUUUCCUUUUUGAAUAAAAGCAAUAAAGAUGAAUAGUGGAUAAA